AUGAGGGGACCUCUAGUGAAGCCGUUGAGAACCCCCGAUAUGCUUCGGAAGCGCCAGCAACAGCAGCAACAGCAGCAAGGUCGUGCUCUGAGUUUGAAGCAACAGAUUGAACAGCAGCACCAGCAGCAGCUCGUGCCCUGGAGCAGCAGCCAGCCCAUUAGUGCCUCUGCGGCCCGAAGUCUUUCCGCCACGCCUGGAAACACCAGCAGCAGCAGCAGCAGCAGCGGCUCGCGACCCUCUUUUGGGGGACAAAGCACUUCCCCAUCCUCCCCAAACGAGGGGCCGUCCUCGGAUUAUGUUCCCUUCGAACAGGUGGCUCAGCAAGUGCUGCAACGCGGUGAUGGUGCUCGCCGCUUGCGGUUUAGCGUUUCUCGCCAAUCUCGGAGUUUACUGGUAGCAAAGUUGCCCGAGACGAUAAAAACUCUAAGGCAACCGAUCUCUAUCACAAGGGAUAUUCCUCUGCUGCCAGACACAGCUGAGGCACACGCAGUUGCCACGGCUGCCGCUGCUGCUCCCUGGCGUCUUCGUGAUUCCUCAGACGUACAGCAGCUACCAGAUCAACAGCAACAGCAGCACUCCGAGAAGCAGCAGCAGCAGCAACAGCAACACGAGCAGCAAGAGCAGCAGCAAGGGGCGGCAGGAUCGUCCGCUCCACCGAUUCCAAUGCGCCGGCCUCAGCAGAAAACGUUUGUGACUAGAAAGAAUGAAGUCGAUGCUUCUUGCUUCUUCCUUCUUGUGGAAAGCCAGGGUGUGCUUGAUGUUUUGCCGGUCUCUGAGUGGCUCACCUUCGAAAGAACACUCGGCACACAACAGCCUUCCCCGGAGGAACUUGAGUCAAGGUCGAAAGCGCAAGCCUCUCUAGAUGCGGCUCUGACUCGGAAGGCGGUUGGCCUUAGGAGAGCAAGUGACAGCGAAGAUGAUACUAGAAAGAAUAAAAUGGCAAAUGCCCAGCAGUCUUUAUUUGAUGAUGAGCUGGGACUAGAGAGGCAGAAGAAAAAGAGGCUCAAAAGUUUCCUAAAAGACAAGAACAACAGCAAAGGGAAAACCAACGAAUACAUAGACUCUGCGUUGAGCCUGGGCAAUUUGCGCCAAGAGGCUGUGACGUGGGACUUUGAGGAGGGCGAGAGAAGUGACGACGAGGGUGGCGAGGCUCCACAGGACGCAAAAGAAAACGCAGCAGAGACUCUUGAAGCUGACCCUGUAGAGUCAGAGACCGAUGAUGACCCGGAGGACCCUCUUACGUCGUUUGGCCAAAAAAUGAAAAACUUGUUAGAGAAGGCCAGGGAUGAAGAAGCCGACGCCGAACUUCACCAGUACGAGUCAGACGACGACGAAGAGGAAGGCGCAGACGAGAAGGCUCAAGAUGGACAGAGUGGAGGCCCCAGUUCCAGUGGGGGCCCUCCAUCUGACGUGGGUCAGCGUGCUGGUGGAGCCCCCUCAAGGAGUACCCAGGGGGGACCCCAGCAGCAGACUGAAGCCUCAGGGUGUGCCCAGCAGCAGGAAGUACAAGAGACCCUUGAGGCAAAAGUUGUUCGUGUGAUGCAGCAGCAUAUGGGACGCAUGGCUGUGAAAGAUUUCAUGACCGUGUUCAAAGUCAAGGAGAAAAACGAAGAUUUCAAGCGCAUACAAGCAGUGGUUCACAAGGUCUGUAAGAUGGAGGCAACAGAAGACAAACAAAAAUUUAUUGUCCUUAAACCAGAAUUCAGGUUGUAA